UUUUCGCGUAAUGAUCACGUUAGGUGCGUUCGGCAUUUUGUUACUGAUAGCUUUCGUAACAUGGGAAGUUUACCUGCGAACUCGGCCGAGUUACGCAGCAUCCACGCAGUUCCCAGGCCGUACCGUCUGGCCGCUCGUGCAGAACAUGUUUAUGGUGAUGUUCAAAGGUCAGGAGGAAUGCUUUAUGCAGGCGCGUAGAUGGGCACGGGAGUUUAGGGGGCAAAGUUAUCGCUUCCUGGUGUACGGAGUGUUGUUUGUGCAAGCGAUCAAUUACCGGGAAGUCGAAAUGCUCCUGUCCAGCUCUCGGUUGAUUCGCAAGAGUUACCUUUAUAGGUUUACCUAUCCGUUCAUCGGAAAGGGGCUGCUCAACAGUAGCGGUGAGAAGUGGCACCAACGGAGAAGAAUUUUAACGCCAACGUUCCAUUUCAACAUUUUGCAGGGGUUUCUGCAAAUUUUUCACGAAGAAAGUGAUAAGCUCGUGGGGUUGUUGAACGUUGAAGCCGAGAGCGAGAGAGAGGUGCAUCUGCAACCACUAUCGACACGCGUCACGCUUAAUUCUAUCUGUGAAACGGCCAUGGGAGUCAAGUUGGACUCGACCGCUAACGCUGAUCAGUACAAGAGCAAUGUUCGACAGAUCGGUAGACUGAUCCAGGAUCGACUGAUGAACCCUGUUCAGCACAAUGAGUUUUUGUACCGAAUUCUGGGGUACAUGGAAAGAAUGAACGUCUUUCUGAAGCCAGUUCACGAAUUUACACGGCAAAUUAUCAAACAACGAAGAGAAGAGUUCCUUACGACUCAGCAGAACCUCGAUGAGCUCAACGAAGGAAACAUCUAUACCAAUGUUAAGCAGAGAUACGCCAUGUUGGACAGCUUGCUUCUUGCGGAAGCACGCCAACAGAUCGACGAGAAAGGUAUUCAAGAGGAAGUGGAUACUUUCACCUUCGAGGGUCACGAUACCACCGGAAGUGCCUUUGUGUUCAUCUUCCUAAUCCUUGCAAACCAUCAAGACGCACAACAGAAGGUAUUCGAAGAGCUGCAAUCCAAGAUAUUGUGUCAUACGAACUCAAACAAACGCCUAUUAACCAUCCAAGACUACAGCGAGCUCAAGUACAUGGAACGGGUGAUCAAGGAAACGCUACGACUCUAUCCACCGGUCCCGUUUAUAUCCCGCGUCAUUACCGAGGAUGUAAAAUGCCACCAGGGUGGAACCAUUCCUCAGGGUACCGUUAUGAAUAUCGAGCUGUACGAUCUGCAUCGGGACCCGGAACAGUUUCCGGACCCGGAACGGUUCGAUCCAGAUCGGUUUCUGCCGCAGCACAGCGAGCAACGGAGUCCCUACGCGUACAUUCCGUUUAGUGCGGGGCCGCGGAAUUGUAUCGAUUCCGGAAGUAAAGAGUACGAUCAUCAAUUAGUUUUACAUGAGUUAGUUUUGGAACAUCUCGGACGUUUAUCUUUACGCACAGUAGAACAAAUGGUAGAACGGCGGCCCUCGUUAGUGUCAGUUCGUCGGGAGCAAUCAUUCGAAAUGGAAUACUUUACAAUUGCGCUGCUACUGAUCGUAGUGUUGCUGGUGGUCUUCGAGUUGUAUCAGCGAUCCCUGCCAGCGUACAGAGCUUUCUUGAAGUAUCCUCACCCUAAACCGUGGAUAUUGCUGGGAAAUGCUCCGCUUCUGUUGUUCAACAACCCGACCAGCACGUUCGCUCUGCUUAGAAAGUGGGCGGCACAGUUUAAGGCAUCCUAUUCCCUCUUCGUUCGAGGAACCUGCACGCUUAACAUAAUUCGCGCGGACGAAGCCGAAGUCGUGCUUUCGAGUCCGCGGUUGAUCGAGAAAAGCAUCCUCUAUCAGUUUAUACACCCGUUUAUCGGCGACGGAUUGCUGAACAGCACCGGAACGAAAUGGUUCCAUCGGCGGAAAAUUCUGACCCCCGCCUUCCACUUCAACAUUCUGCCCCGCUUUUUGUUGAUAUUUCAUGAGGAGUGCGAUAAGUUAAUUAAAAGGUUGAACAAGGACGCUCAGCAGAGUCAAACCACGGUAAUACAAGAUGUGGCUUCGCGUUUCACACUCAACGUAAUCUGUGAAACGGCAAUGGGAGUGCAUUUGGACACGAUGGAUUCAGCCGAUCAGUACCACAGCAGCAUCCAUAAAGUUAUAGAAGUGCUGGUUUCGCGGGUGAUGAAUCCCUGGUUGUACGAGGAUCUGUGUUUCAAAAUCUUCGGCUACAAAGCACGCCAAGAUAAACUGCUAAAACCGAUACACAACUUCACGCGAAACAUUAUCAAGCAACGGCGUGUUCUGUUCCAAGCGAAAGUCUUAAACACCGAUACAUUCUCCGAGGAGAACAUCUACCUAAACACUACUCAACGGUACGCUCUCCUGGACACCCUCCUAGCCGCCGAAGCUAACCAUCAAAUCGACGAGGAAGGUAUCCGUGAAGAGGUCGACACCUUCAUGUUCGAAGGGCAUGACACAACGGCCUCGGCUUUCACCUUCAUCUUCCUGAUGCUGGCCCAGCACCCUAAAGUUCAACAGCUCGUGUAUGAGGAAAUCAUCACCCUGGCGUCGAAUCACGCCCAAAGCUCGUGGACGGUGAACGACUACAGUGAACUCAAGUACAUGGAUCGUACGAUCAAGGAAUGUUUGCGCCUGUAUCCACCGGUUCCGUUCAUGGGUCGCACGAUAACCGAGGAUACCAAACUCUCGGGGGAUCGUCUUCUACCGAAGGAUUCCUUUAUCAAUGUGUUCAUCUAUGAUCUGCACCGAGAUCCGGAUCAAUUUCCCGAACCGGAGCGCUUCGACCCGGACCGGUUUCUGCCGGAGAAUGUGAAAAAUAGGAACCCCUAUGCGUACGUUCCGUUCAGUGCUGGGCCGCGUAACUGUAUUGGUCAACGCUUUGCCAUGCUGGAGCUGAAAGCGAUCGUGGCGGCUGUGCUACAAAACUUCCGCGUGCUACCGGUCACUAAACCGGAGGAUAUCGUUUUCGUAGCCGAUCUGGUGCUUCGAGCCCGAGAUCCCAUACUGGUUAAAUUCGAGCGGCGUGACUAGUCUAGAGGCUUCAUUUAUAGCUUUCACGGCCACUUUCUUUCCUUUCUAUCACAACAAACUUUGACGGCACUACAAAGUAGCGGUGUACUGGACACGAGUAAAAAUAAAAAUAUGUAUAUUGUAGCACUGUUAUCGUUAAAUAUUUUGUGAGAAAUAUAAAUGUUACUUUUCCUUAUA